AUGGCCGACUCGUCAAGCUCCGGCGGAGCUCCCCCGGGCACAGUCAACCUGGCCACGCUCUCCGUCCCCCAACUCCGCGCUCUGCAAACUCGUCUGACCUCAGAGUUGGAGCACCUCACCAACUCACACGCCAAGCUGCGCGCUGCGCAGUCCAGAUUCCGCGACUGUGUGCGCUCGAUCAACGACGGCGUCACUGGGUCCAAGGCGAAGGGCACCGAGGGCCGCGAUGAGAUUCUGGUUCCUCUGACCAGCUCGCUAUAUGUUAAGGGCCGGUUGACGGAUCGGGAGAAGGUCCUUGUUGAUGUCGGGACAGGGUUCUAUGUUGAGAAGACCCACGACAAGGCGGUCGCUUUCUACGAUGACAAGGUUAAAGGCUUGGAUACCAACCUGCAGGAUCUGGAGAAGGUUGUUUCGAGUAAGAGCCAGCAAUUGCGGGUUGUGGAAGAAGUUCUUAGACAGAAGAUGCUUGCUGGCGAAGGUGCGCCGGCUCAGGCUGCUACGGCAUGA